AUGGCAUCAGACGAUAGCACCUUUGAUUUUACAGAUAAUUCUCACAGAAGAUAUAACCCUUUGACGGACACAUGGGUAUUAGUCUCACCGCAUCGAGCAAAAAGGCCUUGGCUGGGACAGCAAGAAGCACCAUCAAAACUGGAAAUUGCAGAAUAUGAUGAGAGUUGCUAUUUGUGUCCUAGAAAUCUCAGAGCUACUGGCUCCAAAAAUCCCAAUUACGGCUCUACGUUCAUCUUUCCCAAUGACUAUGCAGCUGUCAAACUUAAUCAACCUGGGUUGAGUCAGGGCCGGGGCAAUGACAGUGAACGAGAUCAACUUUUCAAAACAAGUUCGGUGGAAGGAAACUGCUACGUUAUUUGCUUCAGCCCUAAACAUAAUCUAACGCUACCCCUUAUGAUGCACAAGGAAAUUGUCAGAGUUGUUGAAGCGUGGAUAUCUCUAUACAGGCAAUUGGAAGAAGAAGCUAACCAGGGAAAACCCUUCAAAUACGUCCAAAUCUUUGAGAACAAGGGGACGGCUAUGGGUUGCUCAAACCUUCACCCUCAUGGACAAGCCUGGUGUUUAAGCACAGUUCCAAACGAGCUGAUGAAAGAAUUUACUUCUUUCAAGAAGUUUCAAGAUAGCUUUUCAAAGCAUAUGCUAGACUCAUAUAUGGAAAUAGAGUUGAGCGAAAGAGAGAGAGUGGUGGUUGAAAAUGAUUCCUUCGUUGUUCUCGUUCCCUUUUGGGCCAUAUGGCCUUUUGAGACCUUGGUCGUAAGCAAGACACACCUGCCGUCUUUGAAGGAAUUUAAUGCAAAACAACAAAGCGACCUAGCGGCAAUUCUCAAGAACUUGACUACGAAAUACGACAACCUGUUUUCCACGAGUUUCCCGUACUCUAUGGGAACUCAUCAAGCUCCGUUAAAUGCAUCAGAGGAAGAAAAGAAAAUUUCUUGGUUUCAUAUGCACUUUUAUCCUCCCUUGCUUAGAUCGGCGACCGUGCGCAAGUUUCUGGUUGGAUUUGAGCUUUUAGGAGAGCCCCAAAGAGACUUGACGGCGGAACAAGCCGCCGAGCGAUUGCGCACCUUGGAUGGGAUAACUCAUUAUUCCGAAAAUUUAGAUUGA